CGGCCAGGAGGCGCCAUGGAGGGGAGCCCCAUCCCGGUGCUGACGGUGCCCACGGUGCCCUACGAGGACCAGCGGCCGGCCGGCGGCGGGGGGCUGCGGCGGCCCACCGGCCUCUUCGAGGGCCAGCGCAACUACCUGCCCAACUUCAUCCAGAGCGUGCUGUCGUCCAUCGACCUGCGCGACCGCCAGGGCUGCACCAUGGUGGUGGGCAGCGACGGCAGGUACUUCAGCAGGACGGCCACCGAGAUCGUGGUGCAGAUGGCCGCGGCCAACGGGAUUGGACGACUGAUUAUUGGACAGAAUGGCAUCUUGUCGACACCUGCUGUUUCCUGCAUUAUCAGAAAGAUCAAGGCCGCCGGUGGAAUCAUUCUAACAGCCAGCCACUGCCCCGGGGGACCAGCUGGAGAGUUUGGAGUGAAGUUCAAUGUUGCCAAUGGAGGUCCUGCCCCAGAUGUGGUCUCCGACAAAAUCUAUCAGAUCAGCAAGACAAUUGAGGAGUACGCCAUAUGUCCUGAUCUUCGAAUCGACCUAUCUCGGCUUGGAAGACAAGAAUUUGACCUGGAGAACAAAUUCAAGCCAUUCAGAGUGGAGAUAGUGGACCCAGUAGAUAUCUAUCUCAACCUCCUUCGGACCAUCUUUGACUUUAAUGCCAUCAAGAGUUUGCUGACAGGGCCCGGCCAACUGAAGAUCCGAGUUGAUGCGAUGCACGGAGUUAUGGGACCCUAUGUGAGAAAAGUCCUGUGUGACGAGCUGGGAGCCCCAGCCAAUUCUGCAAUAAACUGUGUCCCCCUGGAAGAUUUCGGGGGGCAGCAUCCUGACCCAAACCUGACAUACGCAACAACCCUUCUGGAAGCUAUGAAAGGAGGGGAAUAUGGAUUUGGAGCGGCAUUUGAUGCUGAUGGGGACCGUUAUAUGAUCCUCGGCCAGAAUGGCUUCUUUGUGAGCCCUUCUGACUCCCUGGCCAUCAUUGCUGCCAACCUCUCUUGCAUUCCAUAUUUCCGGCAGAUGGGGGUGCGAGGGUUUGGGAGGAGUAUGCCCACCAGCACGGCCCUGGACAGAGUGGCCAAAUCGAUGAAGGUUCCUGUGUAUGAGACCCCAGCUGGAUGGAGAUUCUUCUCAAAUCUGAUGGACUCAGGACGGUGCUCUCUCUGUGGAGAAGAGAGCUUUGGCACUGGCUCUGAUCACCUCCGGGAAAAAGAUGGCCUCUGGGCGGUCUUGGUCUGGCUUUCCAUUCUGGCUGCCCGGAAGCAGAGUGUGGAGGAAAUUGUCCGAGAUCACUGGGCCAAAUUCGGCCGCCACUAUUAUUGCAGGUUUGACUAUGAGGGGCUAGAGCCCAAGGCGACAUAUUACAUCAUGAGGGACCUGGAGGCCCUGGUCACAGACAAGUCCUUCAUCGGCCAGCAGUUUGCCGUGGGGAACCACGUCUACAGCGUGGCAAAGACAGACUGCUUUGAAUACGUGGACCCCGUGGAUGGCACCGUGACCAAGAAACAGGGCCUAAGGAUCAUUUUCUCAGACGCCUCACGGCUCAUCUUUCGGCUCAGUUCCUCCAGUGGUAUGCGGGCCACCAUCAGACUGUAUGCGGAGAGCUACGAGAGGGACCCCGGCGGUCAUGACCAGGAGCCUCAGGCAGUGCUGAGCCCUCUCAUAGCCAUUGCGCUGAAAAUCUCCCAGAUUCAUGAGAGAACCGGCCGGAGGGGCCCCACAGUCAUCACCUGAGUGGAGGAAAGAUCAGUGACGAGGGCCAAAAGAGAGCGCUUGGCGGGACAUACUUCACCCACGCCUUCUUGCUACCUGUUUGUGCCUUUUACGACUUUGGG